GUGUGAACGACUAAAGAUACGGGUGAAAGACUCAAAGGUUUUAAAAAAAUUAAAAAAAUUUAAAGACUUGGUUUUAGAACACAUCAGUCUGACAGUCAGUGUGUUUACGCUAAUCGAAGAAUUUUGCCGAUUUACUAGGAAAUGAAGUAAAUGUAUAAAAAACGGUAGAAGAAUUACAAAGUGUUGAAAAUCCAUUAUGAAGACAUAUUAGACAUUCAUUUAAUUCAUUCACACGCUUAGAUUCAUUUAAAAAACGUUUUUAAACCUUAAUUAUGUGGAACGAUACUCAAAACGCGAUUUUUAUGCCGAAACACGAGAUAAAAUCCGAACUGAUGUGCUGUAGGGGAUGCUUAGGGACGGGCAGGCUGUACAACAUGCACCAGUACGGACUGGCGGAGCCUUAUUCACUGCUCACCGGAAUUGAGUUGACAGAUCCAAAUCGUCCGCAGCAACUCUGCAGUAUGUGUAGAGCCCUACUUAUCAAGUACUUGUCAUUCAGAAGACGAUGUCAUGAAGCCGAGAUGCUCCUACAGAGUUUGGCAGAAGUUAAUCCGGUUCUAACAGUGGACAGCAUAUCGACCAUAGACCGAUUGACGCACCGUCUCAAUCCAUGCAACCAAACGUCUCCAACGAACGUUGCCUACCCGGAAAUCGAGGAGGAACCACCGAUAGAAGCACCACAAGAAGACAUGAUCUACGAAGAGCCCCCUCCCAGUCCGGAACGAAAGAAGAAGCUUAAAAAGUCCAAGCGAAAGUUCUCGUUUGACGUCGAAGACUUGCAGCCUCUGAGCACGAUCAAAACGGAGAAAUUGAAACCGAAGAAGAGCAGGGUCAACAAUCUGUAUACGGACCCCGCGGACAGGGCCAAGUUCUCGGAGCGGUACGACGUGGACAUCGUCGUUAUGAGGAAGGAAGACGAAUACCAGGAGAUGACGGACAGGAGGAACAGCGAGAAGUACUUGAGGGCCCAUAACAAAUGCGAGCAGUGCUACAAGGGGUUCAUACACGAGGAUACGCUGAAGAGGCACGUCAAAGAUAAACAUGAUGUUAAUCUGGAGCACGUCUGCGAAUACUGCAAGUUCAGGUUCAAAGAAAGGUCGAACUUGUCGGGGCAUUACCGGAGGCACCACAAGUACAAGUACAUAUGCCGGGCCUGCGGGAUCACCACGAGGAUGCGCGAGCACGCGGUGCAGCACUCCAAGAUGCACACGCAGAAGUUCGAGUGCAAGUACUGCGGGAAGGUCUUCAAUUCCACCCCGCUCCCUGCGCCGGCGCCUGCGGCGGGGCGCGGGCUCAGUCCUUGCUGUUGCAGCACGAAGGGCACGACGUACCACACGCACGUACGCAGCAAGCACGGCUCCGAGCUGCCCUGGUGCAGGAUAUGCGGGGACGCCUUCAUCAGCACCAAGACUCACAUGGAGAGACUCCACAAAGAGGUGCUGAACCUGCCCGCGGCGCUGCGCUGCGCCGAGUGCGGCACGCAGUUCCUGAGCGAGCGCGCGGCGCGGGGGCACGCGGCGGGGGGUGCAGGGGGGCCGGCGGGGGGCGCGGGGGCGGCGCGGUGCGCGGGGGGCGCGUGCUGCGUGCACUGCGCCCAGCGGUUUGACGGGGAGCGCGCGCUGCGGGACCACGUGCUCGCCGUGCACAAGGUGCAGUACUCCUGCGCGCAGUGCAACAAGACGUUCAGCCAUGAGAGCAAGCUGAACAACCACCUGCUGGAGAAGCACAGCGAGGGCGAGGCCGACGCGCCGCCCGGCAGGAAGCGGUACAUGAAGGUAGCGCCCGCGAUGUGCCACAUCUGCGGGAAGAUAAUAGCGGACCAGUACCACAUGGUGUACCACCAGCGGAUCCACACCGGGGAGAAGCCGUACGCGUGCUCCGAGUGCCCCAAGCGGUUCCGCAUGCCGGAGCAGCUCCAGAACCACGUGCGCAUCCACACCGGCGAGCGGCCCUUCAAGUGCAAGUACUGUCCCAACACGUUCAAGACGUACCCGGCGAUGAGCAGACACCACCUCGUGAGUACAGCGCUUGUAGUGGUCCCCUCAUCGCCACGCCGCACUGACCCGCUCCUGUGUCGCCAGGUGCACACGGGGGUCCGGCGCCACGCCUGCUCCGUGUGCGACAAGGGCUUCGCCACCAGCGCCGAGAUGAAGGCGCACGUGCGGACCGUGCACAUGAAGAUCCCGGCGCGACCCCGCCCCCGCAGGUACCGCGCCGCCGCCCCCUAGUCCGCCCCCCAGGGGACGUAUCAGCAAGCGACCCUCUUACAGUACAAAGCUCGCCAAACUAACUAUGGACUGUACAGAGCGGAGCGGGACUAGCAUCGGGGAGUCCCCGUGUGACCCGCCACUGCCCCCCCACUAGAUACUGCGUCACCAGUGACGCCUACUCGCGCGCCCUCUGACGCGUCCAAUGGAAAUGUUCCCCGGAGUGGGGGACUGAGGGUGACAGAGUGUAAACACACACAAAUAUAACAUAUUAUAUUGGAACUUUUACCAAAAUUACUGAGUAGCUUAUGACAAUUAACUGAACUGAAUUUCCCAAUUGCCCCACUGUGGGGGACCGCCUGUGAAAUCCUCUAACGUACAUAUUACUCAUUACAAAACUCAAUAAUAUAAAUAUUUAUUUCCAAUCGAUUCAAAGUGUAAUUAAAUAAAUAAAUAAAAACGAUA